GCUCAACGGCACAAUAUCAAGCAUGAGCUGCGCAAACUACCACGUCGUUGUGGGAGGGAUUGCCAAAGUGUUCCCUGCCAUACCCCUGCUUAGACGACAGGGAAUCGCUUCUGUUCUGCUGGCCUACCUCAAAAGCUCUACCUCUGUCAUCAACAAGCCAGCUUGCAGGAUGGGACUCGAGACCGAUGUUGAAUGGAUUGAAACAAACCUGGGACCCUUUUCUCAAUACACAACUUACUCUGACCUCAAAGCCUUCAACCUCUCCCAGGCAACAGUCGUAGGUGCCCUCACAGAGCAACAGAAGGCAGAGCUAAUACUGGAUCCAGGCAGCGGCGCUUUGGAGGAUGUCAGCUUCGUGAGGGAGGUGCUCACCAGCUUGAAACUGUCCGGCAAGGACGAACAGCUCACUCAGUUUUUCCAGACGUUUGCACAAAUCAGCGAGAAGGAAAACAUUACCUUCAUCACAAACGCAGCUGUACGAGAAGCCAUACUGAACAUAAGCCUGACAGCCCUUGCGCCUGCAUUUGAGGUCUUUGGAGAACAAGAAUUCCAGCUGUGGUUCCACGUCUACCUUGUUCCUGUCAUGCCAAGCCUCCGUCCUGCCUACCUGUGGGUGAUUCCAAAGGACAUCAGCUGUGCAUCCUACAUGGCCAUGUGAGACCUUGU